GAAUCGACGUAUAUUUGGCUUGUUGAUGGGCACUCUUCAGAAAUUUAAGCAGGAGUCCACAGUUGCUACUGAAAGGCAAAAGAGACGACAAGAGAUUGAACAAAAACUUGAAGUGCAGGCAGAGGAAGAAAGAAAGCAAGUUGAAAACGAAAGGCGAGAACUGUUUGAAGAAAGGCGUGCUAAACAGACAGAGCUGCGGUUAUUGGAGCAAAAGGUUGAGCUUGCUCAGUUGCAAGAAGAAUGGAAUGAACAUAAUGCUAAAAUAAUUAAAUACAUAAGAACAAAGACAAAACCCCACUUAUUCUACAUACCUGGCAGAAUGUGUCCUGCUACGCAGAAGUUGAUGGAAGAGUCACAGAAAAAGAUGAAUGCACUCUUUGAAAGCAGGCGAAAUGAAUUUGCAGAGCAGAUUAACAAAAUGGAGGCCAGGCCCAGAAGACAAUCCAUGAAGGAAAAAGAACAGCAGGAGGUGCAGAAUGAAGAAAAGAAGGAAGAACAGAACAAGGAGCAGGAAGAGGGUAAGGUGGCUCAGCAGGUGGAAGAGUUGGAGACAGGUAAUCAGCACAAUGAUGUAGAAAUGGAAGAGGUAGGGGAGGAAAAGGGAAAAGCAGGUUCAGGGCAUAGCGAUGCAGAGAAAGAACAGGAAGAGGAUGAACAGAAACAUGAAAUGGAGAUUAAAGUAGAAGAUUCUACUGAGGUGAGGGAGAAUGACAAGCAACAGGAUGGUCAGCAUGAAGAGGUCACAGUUGUAAAAGAGGAAGGUGAAAACAUUCAGCCAGUGGAUAAUGAGCAGGAUGUGGCUGAAAUAAAUGAGACAGAUAGUGUAGAACCUGUAGAAAAUGAAAAUGGCAAAGAAGUGGAACCAGAAACAGAAUGUGAUGCUCAGACAGAAAAAGUGUGUAGUGUUUCGUCUCCUGAGAAGGAGAAAGGUAUCAAACCAGAAAUUGAAGCUGAACCUGAAGAAAAACAGGAGAAGGCACCUGAAGCUCAGCCAGAACAUAUGGCUGAGGCUGUAUCUCAGCCGCAGUCUGUGCCACUGCCACAGUCACCUCAGUUGUCUCAGUCCACUCAGGAUACAGAGCCCCAGGCAGACAAGGAUGAAAAUGCUGCGGUGUCUGUAAAGGUGGUUGAGGCACAGACAGAGCAGAGUCAGACACAGAGUGUAGAGAUUAAGAAUAAGACUAGGAGUAGAAGCAGGGGUAGGGCAGGGAACAAAACUGGUAAGAGUCAUAGCCGUAGUAGCAGCAGCAGUAGUAGCAGUAGUACUUCGAGCAGUACUAGUAGUGGAAGUAGUUCCAGCACUGGCAGCAGUAGCAGUCGAAGUACUUCCACCAGCAGCAGCACUACAAGUGGAACCACUAGCAGGGACAGUAGCAGCAGUAGCUCUAGCAGUAGUGAAAGUAGAAGUCGAAGCCGAGGAAGAGGGCAUAACAGAGAUAGGAAACGCAGAAGGAGCACGGACAGGAAGCGAAGGGAUGCUUCAGGAGUAGAUAGAAGUCACAAGUCCUCAAAAGGUGGGAGUAGAGAUACCAAAAGCUCAAAGGAUAAAAGUUCAAGAUCUGACAGAAAGAGGUCUAUAUCAGAAAGUAGUCGGUCAGGCAAGAGAACUUCACGGAGUGAAAGAGACCGUAAAUCAGACAGGAAAGACAAAAGGCGUUAACAGAAGAGACCAAGCUUCUUUAGCCUAACCUUUGCAGCAGAAGAUUAUUUGAGUGAAAGGAUUCCUUGUAAGGAGGAGGAGAAGGCUGCCUUAAGAAUUGCAUGCUGUAAAAAAUCUUUUUGGAAAAAUGCAGACUGUUUACCAGGCAUUCUUGUACUUUUUACAUAAUUUUGUAAAAGGUUACUUACCAAAACUAUGUGAAGUUCCUGAAAAUGUAAAAAUAAAAGAUUAACACUCCUUUGCAUCUUUUUUUAAAUAUCCUGUACUCAUUAAGAUCCUCUGUAUAUUUUAAUAGGUAAACCUUUAAGUAGGUGUGAUCACUUCUUCUGUAUCAUACACCUUUUUUUUUUUGUAGAAAUAAAUGUGCGUUUCAAAUAAAUUGCUUGAGAUGUCCCAUUGACAAUUAAAUUUCCCUUUUAGAUCAUAUGUAGGGAGGCAAUGUUGAGGGAAACGUAAAAUUUUGCUUUUCCCCUCUAUUCCUUGCAGGAAUGGGAAUUUUAAGACCCAGUAAAGGGAGUAAUCUCUCCAGUGCUGGGUAGGAAGGGAAAGUAAUUGAUUUGGAUCUAUACCUUUUUGUUUUCUUCUGUAAUCACAAGCUCUUAGUCAAUUCUAUCUUCCAGUUUUAUAAAACUUUCUCCUAUCCAUAGGCAAGUAGUGAUUAAAUGGGAAUGUUAACACUGGCCAAGAUAGUUCAAGCCGGUCUGGAAUACCACUCUUAUCUGCCUUCUGCAGGUGCUUUGGUAGCAUUUACAUCUGUGUUCUGGAGACAGUUAAUCUGUUUAAUGAUGUUCCUUGCUUUGAUGGCCAGUGGAGGAAAGACUUCAGCUUGCUUCUCAACCAGGAUUCUUUUUAUUUUAGUUGCAGACUAAUCUUUGAUCCCUUCGUACCACUAGGAAUAAUUACAUUGCAGUGUUGGAAUUACUUGGGACUACCUAAUACUAAUGUUGUGUGUGUGCCAGAAUGCUUUCUGAAUGUAUUUAAUACAACUCAAAAGUGGUAUGGUGUUAUCUAUGAAGGUGAAUACUGUUUUUAUAUAAUUUUGUAUGGAAAACUAUAACAUCUGUUGCUUUGUUCUGUACAUGUGCAAAUAAAUGUGGCUUUGUAGACUACU